AUGGAGGACGUCUUCAAGACUCUGGACUGGACUGCACGAGGCGUCAACGUCAAUGGAGAGCGCAUCUCACAUCUUCGUUUCGCAGACGAUAUAGUAAUCUUUGCAGAGACGCUGGAAGAGCUUAGCGGAAUGCUGAACGACCUAGGUGGGUCCUCUCGGCGGGUCGGUCUCGGCAUGAACUUGGACAAAACCAAGGUCAUGUUCAAUAAACAUGUCGUGCCGGGACCGAUAUCUGUCGACGGCAUCCCCCUCGAGGUUGUGCAGGAUUACGUCUACCUUGGCCAGACUAUCCAACUAGGCCGGCACAACUUUGAGAGGGAGGCUGAUAGGAGGAUUCGGUUGGGCUGGGCAGCAUUCGGCAGGUUUCGUCGUCUUUACGUCGACGAUUCCACAAUGCUUGAAGACGAAAAUCUUCGAGCAUUGCGUCCUACCGGUGAUGACGUAUGGUGCCGAGACGUGGACACUGACGGUAAGGCUAGUCCAUAA